CACACUUUUUUCCUCCCGCGUUCAUCAACCCUUGUUUUCCAAUGCAUACACGUAGACGAUAAAUGCGGCCCGUUGACUUUGACGUGGAAUACUUCAUUUCUUAGCGACAGACCCAGAAUGGAUUGUUUUCCAUGAUUUAUGUCGUCUGAAGGAUUAUGCUAAACUGUUUUAGGGUUAAAGAGUAAAAGAGAGACACACGUUGACGAAAGACGCCUAUGAGGCUCCAAAAGUGAAGAGAAAAAAAUAAUACAAGCCAAAAGAUGGACCUGAAGCUGCUUUUUGUAUCAACAUUGUUAGGAAUCAUUUGUAGCAGCAGUGCCCAGCAAGAGGGCAAUGAGUGCAUCAAAGCCAAUGCUUUAUCAUGUGGAGAGUGCAUACAAGUGGGUGCUAAAUGCGGGUGGUGCACUGAUGGAGAGUUCUUAAAACAGGGAGAACCGACAUCAGCUCGCUGUGAUGAGCUGGAGUCCCUCAGGAAGAGAGGCUGUGAAGCCGCCAAGAUCGAGAACCCUCGAGGGAGCCAAAGGAUCCUCAAGAACAAGGCAGUGACCAACCGCAAGAAAGGCGCAGAGAAGCUUCGACCCGAAGAUAUCACACAGAUCCAGCCACAGAAACUGAGCCUCUAUCUUAGAUCUGGGGAGCCUCAAAACAUUAAACUGAAAUUCAAGAGGGCUGAAGAUUAUCCCAUAGACAUGUACUACCUUAUGGACCUGUCCUUCUCCAUGAAGGAUGACCUGGAGAAUGUCAAAAACCUUGGGACUAGUUUGAUGUUGGAGAUGUCCAAGAUCACUUCAGAUUUCAGAAUUGGUUUUGGCUCUUUUGUGGAGAAGACCGUUAUGCCGUAUAUUAGCACCACACCAGCCAAGCUUUUGAACCCCUGCACAGGGGACCAAAACUGCACCAGCCCCUUCAGCUACAAAAAUGUGCUGAAACUCACCAGCAACGGGCAGCAGUUCAACACUCUAGUCGGUCAGCAGCAGAUAUCGGGUAAUCUCGACUCUCCUGAGGGGGGUUUUGAUGCCAUAAUGCAAGUGGCUGUCUGUGGGGAGCACAUUGGCUGGAGAAACGUCACACGCUUGUUGGUAUUCUCCACUGACGCAGGCUUCCAUUUUGCCGGAGAUGGCAAACUUGGUGGAAUCGUGCUUCCCAAUGAUGGGAAAUGCCACCUGGAAAACAACAUGUACACAAUGAGCCAUUAUUAUGAUUACCCCUCCAUUGCCCAUCUGGUUCAGAAACUGAGUGAAAACAACAUCCAGACCAUUUUUGCAGUCACAGAGGAGUUUCAGCCUGUUUACAAAGAACUUAAAAACCUCAUUCCAAAGUCUGCAGUGGGCACAUUGUCAGCAAACUCCAGCAAUGUUAUCAAUCUUAUUAUUGAUGCCUACAAUUCUCUAUCCUCAGAGGUAAUUCUUGAAAACAGUAAGCUUCCUGAGGGAGUGACCAUCACCUAUCAGUCACAUUGUAAAAACAAAAUAGUAAGUGAUGGAGAAAAUGGAAGGAAAUGUUCCAACAUCUCUAUCGGAGAUGAGGUAUCUUUCAAUAUUAAUAUCACAGCUCAGGGCUGCCCCAAACAAGGCAAAUCAGAAACCAUUAAGAUCAAGCCACUGGGCUUUACAGAGGAAGUAGAGAUCAUACUCAACUUCAUCUGUGAGUGUGAAUGCCACAAGGAUGGCAUCAAGAACAGUGUUAUGUGCCAUAAUGGCAAUGGAACAUUUGAGUGUGGUGCCUGCAGGUGCAAUAAGGGACGUGUUGGCAGACAGUGCGAAUGUCGAAAAGAUGAGGUGUCCUCCGAAGACCUGGACAAGAACUGCCGUAAGGACAACGGCACGGACAUCUGCAGCAAUAACGGCGAGUGCUUGUGCGGGACUUGUGAGUGCAAGAAGAGAGACAAUCCUGAAGAACGCUACAGCGGGAAGUUUUGCGAUUGUGACAACUUCAACUGCGACCGCUCCAACAACAAACUCUGCGGAGGACACGGCCACUGUGAGUGUAGGAAGUGUAUCUGUGAUGCUAACUACACUGGAAGUGCAUGUGACUGCUCGCUGGACACCUCCACCUGCUUAGCCUCCAACAAACAGAUCUGUAAUGGCAGAGGAAUUUGUGAGUGUGGCACCUGCAGGUGUACAGACCCCAAAUUCCAGGGACCCACCUGUGAGAUCUGCCCCACCUGCCCUGGAGUCUGUACUGAGCACAAGGAGUGUGUGCAGUGUCGGGCAUUUGGCACUGGAGAGAAGAAGGACACUUGUGAGAGGGACUGUAGCUACUUUAACCUCAUCAAGGUGAAGGACAGAGAUAAACUCCCUCAGCCUGUGCAGGCCUUCCCUCUCAUGCACUGUAAGGAGAGAGACACCAAUGACUGCUGGUUCUACUACACCUACGCCGUCAACAACAACACAGAGAAGGAAGUCCAUGUGGUGGAGAAUUUAGAGUGCCCGGCGGGUCCUGACAUCAUCCCCAUUGUGGCGGGCGUGGUCGCAGGCAUCGUUCUGAUUGGUCUAGCUCUGCUGCUGAUCUGGAAGCUUCUUAUGAUCAUUCACGACCGACGCGAGUUCGCCAAGUUUGAGAAAGAGAAGAUGAACGCCAAAUGGGACACGGGAGAGAAUCCCAUCUACAAGAGUGCUGUCACAACUGUGAUCAACCCCAAAUAUGAAGGCAAAUAAUGGACACCAAUAUCACACGCAGAAAUGUUUUGGAAGGGAUGGACGUGGGGAUAUCCUAAUGUUUCUUUUAAAAAAAAUGUAUUUUCCAAUUUUAUUCUUUUAGAAACAGUAUUGUAGCACUCUUUUAGGAAGCAGUAUUUUAUCAAGGACUGACUGCCUCUCGUCCCUUGCAAAACGUGUACAGUUUGUAUAGUCUUUUUUGUUUUUUUGUAUUUACAUCUGUAUCUCUUCUAAACAACAACUUCUUUCAAAUCUUUUCACACAGAAAUAUUUGUACCUUUGCACAAUUGUUACAGCAUUUAAAUUUAAGUUGCUGUGCAAAGGGAUCCACGAAUCCCCCAAAAUAGUGCAAAAAAACCCCCCAAAAAAAUCACCGAAUGCCAUUUAAAAAAAAAUCAUAUUUAGUUGUUGUUCAAUUGCUGCCUUCAUCCAAGAGUGCUAUAAAUCACAUGCUGGUAUAACUGGGAAAGUUUGCAGUUUAAUGCGGAUAAUCUAUGCAUAUUUAUUUACUAUCGUUGACAGUCUUGCAUUUCAUGCCAAAAAUGUAUUUAAGACGAUGCAUUUUUUCUCACUUAUUGUUGCUCUUAGAAUAUCAUAAUGGCACGUCUUGUGGUCAAAAUUUUAAGCUGAAAGUGUUGUCUGUGCAUUUUAUAUGUUAUGAAAGUAUUAUAUAUUGAAUUAUUAUGUGGCUCUUGGUGAGUAUCAGUGUAUUCAGGUAUAGAAUCAGUAUAGAAAGCCAAAUCCCUUAAAAUUGCUCAUUAGUGAUGAGCACAAUUAUGGAUAUCUACAAAUGAAGUUUCAAAGCUUAUGCUUUCAUUAAACAUAUUUGUUCAUCUCUAUAGUGUAUAAUUAAAUACAUGCUAAAUGGAAGUUGCAACAAUUCACAGAUGUCAGAGAUGCUAUAAGCUAAAAAAAAAAAAAAAAAAAAAAAAAAGCUUUUACAUUUUCAAUUGUUUCUAAAUUAAUUUAUCUGGUGAAAAUGAAGGAUUAGGUAGUAGUUUUGUGUGCAAAUGUUCAUAUCAUAUGCUCAAAGGUACAAGAACCCUGUUUUGUUGUUUGUUUGUUUGUUUGUUUUUGUUUUUUGUUUGUUUUUGUUGUUUUUUUUGCUGUUGAUUUUUGUUGUUGUUUUUUGGGAUGUAGCAAGCAAGGUUAGUAAUUUAAAAUCUGCAGGAGUGCUUGGAAAAAAUAACAAAUAUCAAAAGGACAAAAACGGAAAGCCUGCCAAAAGACCUCAUGUGCUAGUUUGAGUCAUUGGUUUAGUUUAAAGUGCCUUUUUCUGGUAUUUUCAAUAUUGCCAUUUUAAAUUAAUUUAUUCAAACAAAAUCAAAAAGACUGUGGUGAUGUCUUUCUUUAAAACGAAAUAGCCUUUUAGGUACUUAGUUUAAAAAAAAAAAAUGUUUAUUUUAGCAUUACUGGAUAACUGAUUUGACGUAGAUAUGAAUGACUAAAAAUAUCAUGUAUUUUAUUAUUAUUAUUUUUAAAUAAAGACCACCAUGUUGUGAUCGCAUGACAAUAGAGGUCAGUAUAUUGCUCAAGACUGCUGUUGUAUUGACCAGUGAAACAUUAAAAAAAAAAAACAUUAUACCUAAUGUUAGACUAUUCUACAUUGAUUUGAAACUUU